AUGAAUUCCGACUCAAAUCCACCUACAUCAACACCAAGAUACCUCCCUCCGCAUCGCCGAUCACCUACACACCACGGCAAGCCCUAUCCUACAUACGACGACCUACAUAACAAACAAACACCCCCACACUCACAUGAGCCUGCUACCAAAUGGCAUUCAACACAUUCAAUUCUUUCCCUACCUACCUACCAAACCUACGAAUCAACAAAGACAAAGGAUGGAAUGGAGGAUAGACUUGAUGGCAAGAGCAUGGGAGACACAGGGCAAAUCUACAGUGAAGCUCCCAGGCCAGGCUGCCAACAGGUGUUGGAGGAUAUUAUGCAUGCGUUGGAUUUUCUUCAAUUCUACGGAAGGACUAUGGCAAGAAGACUGGGCAAGGAGAAGAAUUCGGAGAAUCUUGCUGGUACGCAGGCAAGAUGUGGCUAUAUCUCCAGGAUCUCUGGAGGACAAUGCAGGCAUGGCACAGUCAAGACCAGCAUGCGGCCCGGCAAUACCACUACACCUAGCAAAUCUUCUCCGGUCGAGGCCUACACGGACUAUGGAUGUUUGGAGACACAGGGCAAGCGAUGGGCGUGCAUCUCCGGUCUACCAGCCAUGGGGGCCAUGGCUAUUGAGAGGGGGGGUAGUGUUACGAGCGUACCCUUGACACACCACUCAGCCCUAUGGCUAGCGGGCCUUGGGGGAGGCAUCUCCUACUAUAUCAUGCCUCCUUCCCACAUACAUAGUUCGGUAGCCUUAUUAUCCUAG